AUGUCAGCCUUGGUAAAAUGUACAGUCGGAAAUCAAAAUAGCAAAAUACGACACAAAUGCGAUUAUUGCGGUAAGAUUCUCUUAACUAAACGAAAUUUGAAGAAUCACGUGGAUGGUGUUCAUUUGAAGCUAAAGAAAUUUGUUUGCGACGAUUGUGGACAGCCAUUCAGUUCUAAUUGUAACUUGAAUAGACACAUUGUCACAGUUCAUGAAAAAAUCAAAGACCAUAAAUGCGAAGAAUGUGGCAAGUAUUUUGGACAUGUGGAGGAAUGUGAAAAGUCUUUUGGUGAAAAAAGUAACUUGAAUAAACACAUUGCUGAAGUACAUAAAAAAAUCACAGAUCACAAAUGCUUCGAGUGCGGCAAAUCUUUUGGAAAAAAGGGUAAUCUGAUGAGGCACAUCGAUGCAGUUCAUUUGACAAUCAAAGACCAUAAAUGCGAAGAAUGUGGCAAGUAUUUUGGACAUGUGGAGGAAUGUGAAAAGUCUUUUGGUGAAAAAAGUAACUUGAAUAAACACAUUGUUGAAGUACAUAAAAAAAUCACAGAUCACAAAUGCUUCGAGUGCGGCAAAUCUUUUGGAAAAAAGGGUAAUCUGAUGAGGCACAUCGAUGCAGUUCAUUUGACAAUCAAAGAACAUAAAUGCGAAGAAUGUGGGAAGUUCUUUGGACAAAAAACUUACCUGAUGAGACACAUAGAUUUAGUUCAUCUCGGAAUGAAAGAACACAUGUGUGAGGAAUGUGGAAUGUCUUUUGGUGAAAAAAGUAAAUUACAUAGACAUAUUGCCAGGGUACAUGAAAAAAUAAAAAAUCACAAAUGCUUCGAGUGUGACAAGUCGUUUGGAGAAAAGUCUUGUUUGAUGAGACACAUCGAUGCAGUUCAUUUGAAACUCAAAGAAUUUAAGUGUGAGGAAUGUGGAAAGUCUUAUGGUAAAAAAAGGGACUUGCAUACGCACAUUGCUACAGUUCACGAAAAAAUCACAGACUACAAAUGCUUCGAGUGUGGCAAAUCGUUUGGACAAAAUAGUCAUCUGAUGAGGCAUAUCGAUGCAGUUCAUUUGAAACUAAAAGAACACAUAUGUAAGGAAUGUGAAAAAUCUUUUGGAUAUAAACGUGACUUAAAUAGACACAUUGCUGUAGUUCAUGAAAAAGUUAAAGAUCACAAAUGCAAAGAGUGUGACAAGUCUUUUGGACGAAAAAGUGAUCUUAUGAAGCAUAUAGAUGUAAUUCAUUUGAAUCUGAAAGAACACAUGUGUGAGGAAUGUGGCAAAUCUUUUGGUUAUACAAGUAAUUUGAAUAAACACAUUAGUGUAGUACACAAGAAAAUCAAAGAUCAUAAAUGCGAAGAAUGUGGCAAGUUCUUUGGACAAAAAAUUAAUAUGAUAAACCACAUAGAUUCAGUUCAUCUCGGAAUCAAAGAAUAUAUGUGCGGAGAAUGUGAAAAGUCAUUUCGUAAAAAAAGUACCUUAGAUAACCACAUUGACACAGUUCAUAAAAAAAUAAAAGAUUACAAAUGCUUGAAGUGUAGCGAAACUUUCGGACAAAAAAAGGAUAUGAUGAAACACAUAGAUCUUGUUCAUUUGAAAAACAGAGAAAACAUGUGUAAAGAUUGUGGAAAAUCAUUUGUUGCUAAAACGGACUUACUUCUACACAUUACUGCGGCUCAUAAAAAAAUCAUAGAUCACAAAUGCUUCGAGUGUGGUAAGACUUUUGGACGAAAGAGUAAUCUUAUGCGACACAUUGAUGUGGUUCAUCUAUUAAUCAAAGAACAUAUAUGCAAAGAAUGUGGAAAGGCUUUGGGUUCUAAAAAAGACUUGAAUAAUCACAUUAGUGCAACACACAAAAAUAUCAAAGAUCACAAUUGCUUCGAGUGUGGCAAGUGUUUUGGACAAAAAAGCAGUUUGAUGAGACACAUAGAUGAAGUUCAUUUAAAACUCAAAAAAUACAAAUGUGAAAAAUGUGAGAAUAUUUUUAGUAGAAAAAAGCACUUGCUUACACACAUUACUACGGUUCAUAAAAAAAUCAAAGAUCACAAAUGUUUCGAGUGCGGCAAGUCGUUUGGAGAAAAGAGUAAUUUGAUGAAACACAUAGAUUUAGUUCAUUUGAAUCUGAAAGAACACACGUGCGAGGAAUGUAGGACAUCUUUUGGUGAAAAAAUUAACUUACACAGACAUAUUGCCACAGUCCAUAAUAAUAUCAAAGAUCACUAA